GGUGGAGCAUGGUGAGACGCGGAGCAAGAAUUUGCAACCGGACCAGUUGUACUCUAAUUCCUCGCACGCUUCGCUCUUCUCUCUCUCCUCCGCUCCAUCCAUCAAAGAAGGCUGGACCGCGAUUCACUCGCAGGCUGGGCCUCCGCUGGGCUUGUUCGGUCCGAAGCUGUCUGGUAAACGGGCAAGCGGGUUACGGGUUCGCCUUCUCCGCACUAUCCAUUGCCGGCGGGUCUUGGGUUCGCGUUUUGCCUCCGAUCCGGAAAUCUGCCGAUCCGACCCGCAAGGCUUCCAUCUUCCCCAACCUUAGAUCCUGUCGGACCUCCUUCUCCCUUCGCGUUCCUCCUAUUUCCCCACCGCCCGUCUACUCGCAGAUCGCCCUCGCCGCCGAUCGCACCAUCGCCGCGGGGCUCAAGCAGGCCUGCGGCGGGUUCCAGAGCGCGGCCGGCGCCUUCGCUUUCUUGAGGGAGACAGUCGCUGGGAAGGCUGCCGCGGCCGCAGCGCCACCCUUCCUCGUCGCCCGCCUGAGUUCCGCCUGAACGCCCUUGCCGCCGGUUCACCCCACUGAGCUCGCUCCUUCACCAUUCUGCUGCUGCCACUUUUAAUUCUCCAUUUUAACUAGUAAAGUUGCUAUUUUUACUAUUCUCCCAUGCUAACUACUGCUACUACUACUUCUACCAUUUAUUCUUCAGGGUUGUUACAGCCGUAGUUUUAGCGCCUUAGAUGCAGAAGCUCCGAGCUGGGCCUGAUUUAUUACAGCCGUCCGUAGUAGUGAGCAUAGAAACAUUAGUUUUAGCUUUGCUGCCGUCGGUCACCGAUGGUCGGUUCUUGGAAAACACGAUAGACAGACAGACGGCACUUUUCCCACUAUUUUGGCCAAAUCGUAGUCACAUCAUGUUGGCAAUUUGCACAAUAUCGGGACCAAAGUAAUUCGUGCAAUAUCGGUUAACUGAGGAUGAAUUUGGCGGCGGAGUCCCCAACGCCGUCUUCAAGCGGCAGUGACGAUUUCGCUGCGUUCCUUGAUGCAGAGUUGGAAGUGGCUUCUUCCAACUCUUCGUCGGACGGUGAUCUAGCUGACGACGAUGCUGAAAAUGACCUGCAACAGCCGAGGACGAAGAAGCUGAAAGUUGAAGAAUUUGAGAGUACAAGGGAGCUGCACGAGAUGACAGAGGUGGCGACAAAUCGAGAAAAAACUGGUAUGUCGGAUGAAGCUAUUCCUGAUAUAUGCCCUCCACAUCCUGGAUUUUUUGGAGGAUUGUGCGUGAGAUGUGGGCAGGUAGAAGAUGAUGAUGCAUCAGGAACCGCUUUUGGUUACAUCCAUAAGGGUUUAAGGCUUGGUAGUAGAGAGAUUGACAGACUACGUGGAGCUGAUCUGAAGAAUUUACUGCGUGAAAAGAAGCUAAUUUUGAUAUUAGACUUGGAUCAUACUCUACUCCAUUCAACCCACAUUGCAGAUGUUUCCGCUGAAGAAGAAUAUCUUAUAAGACAAAUUGAUUCCAAGAACGAUGAUCCUGCCAGAAGCAUAUUCAGACUUGAUUCCAUCCGUAUGCUGACAAAGUUAAGGCCCUAUGUUCAUACCUUUCUAAAAGAAGCUAGUAAUUUAUUUGAGUUGUACGUAUAUACUAUGGCGGAGAGACCAUAUGCACUUGAAGUAGUAAAGCUUCUUGAUCCUGGGAACGUCUACUUUGGCUCCAAAGUGAUUACCCAAAAUGAUAGUACCCAGCGACAUCUGAAAGGCCUUGAUGUCGUGCUCGGUGCUGACAAUGUUGUGGUGAUUCUCGAUGAUACAGAGCCUGUGUGGCAGGAGCACAGAGAAAACCUGAUCUUGAUGGAAAGAUACCAUUUCUUUGCAUCUAGCCUUCGCCAGUCCGGGAUCAACUGUAAAUCGUUAUCAGAGACUAAGAAGGAUGAAAGAGAGUCUGAUGGUGCGCUUGCAACCGUUUUAAAUGUCCUGAAGCGCAUCCACCGAAUGUUCUUUGAUCCAGUCCUCAGAACAGAUAUUUCCUCCAGAGAUGUAAGACAGAUGAUCAAAAUGGUACGUCAAGAAAUAUUACAGGGGUGCAAACUAGUUUUCAGCCGGGUGUUCCCAUUAAAUUCACGCGUGGAGGACCAGUCGUACUGGAAAAUGGCCGAAGAGUUGGGGGCAAUAUGUUGCACAGAAGUGGACUCGUCGGUCACACAUAUCGUCGCAAAGGAUUCUGGAACAGAAAAGGCCCGCUGGGCUCUGCAAAACGGGAAAUUUCUCAUCAGCCCGCGCUGGAUCGAAGCGGCAAGGUUUUUAUGGCAGAGACAGAACGAAGAAGACUUUCCGGUCAACAGUGUAAAAAAAUGAGCGGCAAUUCAAAGUCUGGCUUCAGAUAUGUUCAGUAGGAAUAGGAAAUUAACCGUCUAAUCAAACUACUUUCAGAAAAAGCCCAUUUGAAGUUUUUGGUGGUAUUGUGUAUUUGUACUUUUGGCUAAUUAGUGUUUCUUGUAUUUGUGGGUGAAAGAUGAUUCCAGUUUAGUGGUAAAUCCAAGAGGAAAAAGCUGUAAUUGUUACUAAUUUUUUUCAUUUGUCAGGCUAUUUUCAGUAAGCUGAUAAACAAGAGUUUUAUGCAGUGUUAUGGACUAAUGCUAGUGCCAUGUAUUGCAGCUUUUUCACAAAGUUGUAUGUAAAGUAUUGUGUAAGUGUAUGUUGAGUUUUUUUUUCUGUGGCAAUUAUAUAUAUACAAUGCCAAUCAAAUA